AAGGAUAUAUUUGUGAAACAACCAUGUUCCAACUUGAUGAGUUAAUUGUCAAAAAUAAGCAAACAUCCCAGCCUUAUGAACAAUCUUUCACAACCACCUAUCACAUGGCUUUUCUUUCAUGCCCCCUGCAUCGUGGGACGUGGGAUCUCCAUGAAAUGGACUGUCUGACCUUGUAAAUAUAUAAUCAAGUCACUACUUUCCAUUCUACCCAUCAGAACACUAGAAUUCAGAAGUUUGAAUCUAAAGCCUUCUUCCUUCCAUCAAAAGAUUCAAUUCUUAUAGAAAAACAAGAUGAUCAAUGCCAAGAAGCUUCUAAAAUUGGCAAAGAAAUGGCAGAAGAUGGCUGCUAUGAGGCGAAGAAGAAUCACGUUGCCACAAACCUUUGGAAGCAUUGAUUCAAACAGUUGCAGCACAUCAACAGUGGCUGAGAAAGGCCAUUUUGUAGUGUAUUCUGCAGAUGAAAAACGUUUCCUUCUUCCCUUGGAAUAUCUUAACAAUGAAAUGAUCAAAAAGCUAUUCAACAUGGCAGAAGAAGAGUUUGGAUUGCAAACCAAGGGGCCACUCGUACUGCCUUGUGACUCAGACCUUAUGGAAUAUACAAUUGCUUUGAUCAAACGGAAAGCCUCCAGAGAUUUAGAGAGAGCAUUGCUGGUGUCAAUAGGAAGCAGUUACUGCUCAUCAUCUUCACAUUUCCAACAUCAAGCAACAACCCAUCAACUACCAAUUUGCAGCUUCUGAAGGGUCACAAUUAGAUUUGUAAAGAUGCAUAUACAAUUGUUCAUUAAUCUAUUUCUUAAAACUAGAAAA